AUGGAUUCUCAGAGUGAAUGGGCAGAUUCUCAGGAUGAAUGGACAGAUUCUCAGGGUGAGUGGGCAGAUUCUAUAGGUGAAUGGACAGAUUCGCAGGUUGAAUGGACAGAUUCUCAGGGUAAGUGGGAAGAUUCUCAGAGUGAAUGGACAGAUUCUCAAGGUAAAUGGGCAGAUUCUCAGGGUGAAUGGACAGAUUCCCAAGGUAAAUGGGCAGAUUCUCAGAGUGAAUGGACAGAUUCUCAGGGUGAGUGGGCAGAUUCUCAGGGUGAAUGGACAGAUUCUAUAGGUGAAUGGACAGAUUCUCAGGAUGAAUGGACAGAUUCGCAGGUUGAAUGGACAGAUUCUCAAGGUAAAUGGGCAGAUUCUCAGGGUGAAUGGGCAGAUUCUCAGAAUGAAUGGAUGGAUUUUCGGGGUGAAUAA